CUAGUAGUCCAGUGAAAUUGUCAAACCUAACGAGCAGAACACAAUAACUUAUUAUUUUAUUUUUAAAAUCAUCUUCGAGCAACGGUGCCGUCUUCAAAUCUUAGCGUACAACAUCAUCAUCAGGAGGAGAAUGGGACUGGAUCCUUGAUUCUGGAAUAGGAUCGAGUUUCGAGUUUGGAGGGAUUUUGGGCCGUCACAUUCGCAGUUCGCAGUUCGCAGUUCGUAGCAGCAUCGUUGCUGCGUAGGUUUCAACUUUCGACGCGAUGAUGUUCGAGUGUGAAAGCGAGUCGGACUCAGCUGUUACGCCUGCCCAUUUCUUCGAUUCUCUAAAAUGAUGUAAAACCCAAAAUUCCAAUUGUGCUAGACCGUUUAGAGCUCAGCCGAGCUGUCCUUCGAAUGACUGAUGUCACUAUGGUGGUAUGAGUUUACCGGACGAUAUUCAGAUGGAUAAAGACAACAUUCUGUUGUUCGGUCUCACUGCCUGUGCCCUCGGUCUCAGCCUUUUCAUCCUCCUCGGCCCAAAACUCGGACGGAGAAACGCAAGUAAUUGUGCUUUGGUCGGGCUGCAGAACCUUGGCUUGACUUGUUUUCUCAAUUCGCUGCUCCAAGCGCUCGCCUCCUGCCCUUCGUUCAUCUACUGGCUCCAGAGCGAGGAGGGGAAUGGGAGCGUGUCCAAGUCGCUCUCCUCCAUCCUGAGACUGUUGUGCUACGAACGGCAACCGGACAUAGAAGAAGUCUUUUCACCGAAUGAUCUCAUCUAUAAUCUUAGAGACAAGGUCUGGCCUGUCUUCCCCCAGGAACAAGACCCGCAUGAGCUGUUCCUCCACAUCCUCACGGCGAUCGAAGAGGAAGAACAAAAAGCGAAACCCGAGCGGGUGGAUUCACUCCUUGAUGCUCUUGGGUCGCCAGAGACUGAAGAAGACACUUUCAGCCAAGUGUCCAGCCACGGUGAUGUGCCAAGGUUUAAAAGGCUAAGGUCCAUGCAAACAGACAAACCUAAAGUGACCCCUAGUCCUUUUCGUGGGUAUCUUGCGAGUCAGCUGUCAUGCACAACGUGUACGAACAAGUCGGCUGUUGUUUACGACAAAUUUGACACCCUCUCACUUGCCCUGCCGGCGAGAAAUGAGGUGUUUAAGUUGCAACAUCUACUAGACAAUUUUGUAUCGGCCGAGAUUGUCGAAGGCUUCGCCUGUGACCACUGCAACAAAGGCAGGUCUGCGGAACAUAGCCCAAUUCUCUCUUUAGCCUCAAAAGCAAUUAAAAUUGGAAAGUUACCAAAAUGUCUGUGUUUUCAUAUAUCGAGGACAUAUAUGGAUUCAAAUGGUUACAUGUACAAGAGGGAGAAUUACGUCGACUUUCCUGAAUACCUUUCCAUGGGCCAUUAUACCCAUACGAGUAGUAUGCUUAAAGAGAAAAAGUUUAGGAAAGUAAGAACACCGUCGAGUGUCAAUAGUCCUUUGUUUUAUAAAGGAGGCCAGUCUUCGAGUGUGUCAGCGAACCUGGAUUCUGAGCCGACACUCACUAAAUACAAAGCCCUCGCUUCACCUGACCAGUCUAACAAUUCAAUAUCAGAGGAAGAAGAAUACGGAACGCCUGUGUCCUCACAGGGUUCAGGGUUGAACAUCUCAUUGCCAAAUAACAACAAUACUCUUUUUUCUCAUAGUUCCUUAUUUUUGGACAAAAGGUUGUUCGGUGGCCCUUAUUACCGGCUGAAAGCUGUGGUCGAACACCGGGGAAACGUUGACACAGGGCAUUUUGUGACCUACCGAAGAGGACCCCUUCAAACAGAAAUUAGGCACAGGUCCAGUGAGUUACUCAACCAGUCAGAGUCAAGGUGGUACUUUACUUCUGAUGAAAUCGUGAAAAACUCCUCCUUGGCUGAUGCUCUCUCUGCCCAUGCUUACUUGCUAUUCUAUGAAAAAUGUGAGAAGAUCAACUGAAUCAAAAUAGAUUGUCUAUUUACAACAAUACCAAACAUUACAAUAAUACCAACAUCAGUUUUUUAA